GUCGCCUUCCAGUACGCUGGCCUAUGGCCGAUCAUCUCCAAGAAGAAGUCGCGACCCGCUGCCCUCGCAGCAAACACGGAAGCGGCUGCUCUGGCUGCUCGAUCAGAGGCAAUCGACGCAUGGGACGCUGAUGACACCAAAGCUCUCAUUAUGAUCCUCUCCUCUGUUCACAACGACCUAACACAGUAGGUCGCUGACUGUGAGAUAUCGCCCGCCGCCUGGGACUACCUGACCAGCCGCUUUGAUCGCGACACUGGCCAAUCGUCCAUUAUAUUGUUCCGCAGCCUCACCAACCUAUGGUAUCGCGAUGGCGACGACCUGCGCCUCCACCUUGACGAGUUUCACUAGUGAUGGACGCGGAUAUCCAAGCGUUCAGCGUCGUUAACACAGCCCGUGGCUAUCGCCAUGAGGGCCAUGUUCAACGACGAUAACGUCAAAGGCUCUUUCUUCCUGGCGACGUUGCCCGACACCAUGGACAACGUCAUCGACAACCUGGCCACCCGCCAGCUCACUGCCUUCCAGGACAUAGAGCCCAAGAUCCUGGAUAUCAGCGAAAAACACUCACUAGACACCACUAAUUUAUUGAGUGCCUACGCUGCCCGCCAGACAGCUGCGCAACAACAAAACGCGCAGUCUAGCCAGAGGCCCUUUCCUACCACUAAUAAAUGUACUUGGUGCCGAAAAUACAACCUAACAUUCAUCAGCCACGUCUACACUAACUGCAACGAGCUUCGUAAACACAAGGAGUAGUAGAAGAAGACGCCAUCCAAAGGCAAGGACGCUACUGACGACGACGACGAUAAUAACGACGACAACAACUCCACCACGGAAGUUAAUAGAUUCGCUACCAACGUCAUUAACCUCACCACUCUACCAUUAACGCCAACGGCUUCCCCACCACGAAUCAACAC